AUCUCACUUUGUGCUUUGAAAUGCAAGAUGAGCAAUCUGAUCUACAUAUAAUAUCAGUCUUCAGUCAGGCAACAGGUGAAUAUGCAGGUAGAAUUAUAAUGUGUAAGGCCCGGCGCAGUGGCUCAUAUCUGUAAUCCCAGCACUUUAGGAGGCCGACGUGGGCGGAUGACUUGAGGUCAGGAGUUGGAGACCAGCCGGGCCAACAUGGUGAAAUCCCAUCUCUACUAAAAAUAAAAAUUUUAAAAAGCUGGGCAUGGUGGGGUGUGCCUGUAAUCCAGCUACUUGGGAGGCCGAGGCAAGAGAAUUGCCUGAACCCAGGAGGCAGAGGUUGCAGUGAGCCGAAAUGGUGCCCAGUGCACUCCAGCCUGGGCAAAAAGAGCAAGACUCUGGCUCAAAAACAAAGCAAAAAUUAUCAUGUGUAGGAUUGUGGAUGAUCACUCUAACUAAUCAAUGGCUAAGUUGCUUUGCUCAGCGGAAGUUCAAACUGCCACAUCGGAAUUUUAUUUGAGCGUAUUCAUAUGCAAAUAUUGUAAGUGGCCGUUACCGCGAUGCAUUCUGGGAAAGGAGCAGCACCAAAUCCAAGAUGGCGGCCAGCAGCAGGCUGAUGAAGGAGCUUGAAGAAAUCCGCAACUGUAGAAUGGAAAACUUCCGUAACAUCCAGGUUGAUGAAGCUAACUUAUUUAUUUGGCAAGGGCUUAUUGUUCCUGACAACCCUCCAUAUGAUAAGGGGGCCUUCAAAAUCGAAAUCAACUUUCCAGCCGAGUACCCAUUCAAACCACCGAAGAUCACAUUUAAAACAAAGAUCUAUCACCCGAACAUCGACGAAAAGGGGCAGGUCUGUCUGCCGGUAAUUAGUGCUGAAAACUGGAAGCCAACGACCAAAACCGACCAAGUAAUCCAGUCCCUUAUAGCACUGGUGAAUGACCCCCAGCCUGAGCACCCGCUUCGGGCUGACCUAGCUGAGGAAUACUCUAAGGACCGUAAAAAAUUCUAUAAGAAUGCUGAAGAGUUUACAAGAAAAUACGGGGAAAAAAGACCUGUGGACUAAAAUCUGCCACGAUUGGUUCCAGCAAGUGUGAGCAGAGACCCGGUGCAGUGCAUUUAGACACCCCUUAAAGCAGGACUCUCGAGAUUCACACAUGCCACCGCCUGGCGUUCCCUUGUGGCAGUUAACUAACUUUCUACAGUUUUCUUAAUCAAAAGUGGUCUAGGUAACCUGUAAAGAAAAGAUUAAAAAUUUAAGAUGUUCUUAAAAAAAAAAAUGGCCAUUAAUGUUUUAAAAUCGUAAAAUCUGGCUACCCUGAACAGGGUGAGAGUUCAGACAGCAGGAUGUUGACACAGGCUCCUACCAGAACCCAGGGUUUACUUAGAGAACAUGAAAAGAAAAGAGUUUGUAUGCUCUAUUCCUUGCCUUUUUUUUGGCGGGUGGAGAUAAGAGAUCGGAUGAGAGUGGCCACAGGAAUUGGUAUUGGUUGCAGGAAAUCCAUUUUUGUUUUAAUUGAUGUUUCCAGUUAAACAGAUUUGGAUUGAAAUAGCUGCGGGCAGGGCGCCAUGGCUCUCGCCUGUAACCCUAGCACUUUGGGAGGCCGAGGCAGGUGGAUCACCUGAGGUCAGGAGUUCAAGACCAGCCUGGCUAACAUGGUGAAACUAAAAUAAAAAAUAAAUAAAUAAAAUUAGUCGGGCGUGGUAACAGGCACCUGUAAUCCCAGCUACUCAGGAGGCUGAGGCAGGAUAAUCCCUUGAACCCUGGAGGCGGAAGCUGCAGUGAGCCGCCGAGAUUGCACCAUUGCACUCCAGCCUGGGCAAGAAGAGCAAAACUCCUUCGCUGCUCCCCACCUCCAAUAGAUUUAAAUACCUGGCGUGCACACCAUAACUGGGGUGUCUUUAGGCUGAAAUAGAGACAACAGAAGGUGAGGUGCUUUGGAGGGACUCAGAUAGCAUUAGUAAAGGGUAUGAAACUAAUGCAGAUUUCACAGACAAAAAAGUAGCUUUGCUACCUCUCAUUUUUGCUGGGCUGCCCUGGAGUGCUGCAUCUUUUAUUGUGCCUAGGCUGUCGUCCUUAAUGACAUUUUCAUAUUCUCCAACCCCCACCCCGCCACCGCUUCUCCACUAAGAUCUUUUUGACAAGCUGCACUUUCCUGCUUUAGUAAUUGGUGAUAAGAUUUGUCCUGCAGAACACACACAUAGAGGAUUGUUCACUCUCCUCCUUUUAUGAAAUAAUUUUAGAAAUUGAGCUGUUAAAGGUUGUGUUUGAACGCAUUUUUUGGAAAAAGAACUUUAAUUAAAAGAUCAAAAAGCCCAAGCGCUUGCUUUUGA